AUGGAGAAUGGCUGCCAUAUCAAAGGCCAUCAUCCUGGACAGCUGUUAACUGCAGUUGGCAUUGAUGCAAACAAUGGGAUGUACCCUAUUGCCUAUGCACUUGUGGAAAUAAAGGAUCAAGCUACUUGGAUCUGGUUCCUUGAAUACUUGAAGGGUGAUUUGGGUAUAGAAAACAGCAAGAGGCUUGUGUUCAUGUCUGACAAACAAAAAGGAAUAGAAAAUGCUAUCAAAGCUUUGUAUCCUUAUGCUGAACAUAUGAAUUGUGUUAGGCAUUUGUACAACAACUUCAAGGGUAAGAAUCCAGGAGAGGGACUGAAACAGUUAAUGUGGAAUGCACCAAGAAGUAGUACUGAAACUUGGUAUAAGAAGCACAUGGAUGACUUGAAGAUGUUGAGUCCUGAUGCAUUUAACUGGUUUCAUGACAAACCUCCAAGACAUUGGAGUAGAGCUUUCUUUGUUGAUGACUCAAAGUGUGAUAUCCUUCUCAACAACCUGUAUGAGUCCUUCAACCAUGUCAUCUUACCUUGUAGGGAUAAGCCUGUUCUUACCAUGUUUGAGAAGUUGAGGAUGGAUAUGAUGGUGAGGAAUGCAAACAGAAGGGUUUCUUGUGAGCAGUGGAAGGGAGUCGUUGGUCCUAGGAUAAAGAAGAUAAUAGUUAAGACUGCAGAGAGAGUAACACAGUACAGAGCACAUAGGAGCACUGAGUACAGCUACCAAGUUAUUGGAACAUGGGAAAAUGGCAGCAAGCAUGCAGUGGACUUGGGUCUUCAUACAUGUACUUGCAGAAGGUGGCAGCUUAGUGGCAUACCUUGUGUACAUGCCCUAUGCGCAAUAAGAUUCAAGAAACAUGAUCUUGAUUUGUACUGUGAUGACUACCUCAUGGCUUCUACCUAUUUACAGACAUAUACACCUGCCAUAAGCCCCAUUGCAGGGCAGGAUGAUUGGGAACAAGUUGACUUCCCAAUUGCUCCUCCUCCAUAUACGAAGCAAGCUGGCAGGCCUAAAAUGAAGAGAACUAAAGAAGCUGAUGAGAAGAACAAGGGCAUGGCACCACCAGCUCCCAUUCAGGGGAAAUUGGAGUUGAAAACUGGUAAAACUGGCAUUAAGAUGACUUGUGGAAUUUGUAAACAACAAGGACACAACAAAACUAGUUGUCCUAUAAAUAAGGCUAAAAAACUUGCAUCAGGGGAAGGACAAUCUAGUGGAGCUAGCAUAAAGAAGAGAGUUAGAGCUAAGGUUACCAGAUCUGCAACCCCAUCUACAGCUGCUACUAAUGUCAAGGGCCAAAUCAUAAGGUCUGUGAAGGGCUGGUAUAAGAGAAAGGCAGCAGAGGGAGGUACUUAUGCUGAGUUUGCUGCUGCUUCUUCCUCAACUCAAACUCAACAUGUAGCUACACAAGAGAGUCAAAACAAUGUUGAUUAG